AUGUCUUCCACAACUGCGCGUCACCCACCUACCGCCUACUCUGGCCCUUCACGUCCACACCCCUACUCGCGUCCUUCGCACCGACGCAGCCCUCCUCGCGAGACCCGCGACUUUCCCCCUUCGCCACCAAGGAGCCACCACGACGCCGCAUCGCCUCCCAUGCAGAAGGCGUCCGUCGACCAGGGUGACAACUACUGGGACGAUGUCCCUCCCGCUCCGGCUUCGCUCAAGUCAAUCCUCGACUCAUUCCGCCGCUCUGGUGAGGGCGACCGUGAGCUCCUCAUGGCCAUCCUCCAGGCCAAGAAGAGCGAGGAGGAGCGUCUCACUGCCAUCAUCCAGACCCGCCUCACUAUCCUCCAAGCUCGUCUCAACGUGGCCGCCAUCCAGGCCCAGAUGCCCGCACCAACCGACGCCUUCUCAUCCUACCCCCCGAGCAGGGCACCUGAGCCAGCAACCCGCCAGGACCGCAACUCUAGCAUCUCGUCCAGCGCUUCUUCACCAGCCCUCCCACCAUACUACUACUCGCAGGGGACCGAGCGCAUUCACCUCCCCCCUCCAAUGGGCUACUCUGAUCGCGAGCGCCUCCCGCCCCUCCGUGAGUGCGACACGCGCGACCGCGACCGCGACCGCCGCGAGCGUCCCGUCUCUCCCCGCGAGCCUGCUGGUGGACUCGAGAUGCUCCUCGAGGGCGUCCGCGAGGCCGAGCGCGAGGACCGCGCCUAA